CGGCACCGUUGAAAUUUGACAGCAGCUGGCGUCGUCUGCAAGGAUCAGCUGUUUGUGUUUACAGGUGGAGACGAGGAGCCACGCCAGGCGACCCACAGCGAGGACGAGGAUGAGGAGGUGGAGGGGGCGCCUCAACGUGGUGCUUUAGGAUGGUUGGCCUGAGGGCCCCUGAGCGACUGGAAACGGGGGCGCUGUCCUCAUGGCUGCGGGCCCUUAACACCGCUGCUGGGCGAGGGAAGGGCGUGAGUGCCCCACUGAGAGCUCCUCCAGCUCUUCUGUCGGCCGCGCUUAGCCAAGGCUCUGUGGGACUGCAUGAGGCAGUGGUGGCGCGGUUGGCAGUGGCGGCAGUUGUUGCGGGAGUCAGUCGGCUGGAUGUGCAUCUGGAACACCCAACGCUUGUGCAGUCACUUCUGGAGGCCCUGCACGCCCACCCCCAAAAUCUCAUCUCCCUCACGCUUACCCUAGGCCCACGCACAUCCCUCGAUGGCCUCCUAAGUGAAGCAAUAUGCAGCAUGACCAACCUCACUUCUCUUACUCUAACACCCGCUGCCACGGACGCCCACCUGGCUGCCCUCGCCCAAGCCGCCCCGCCGCUCUGCAGCUUAGACCUAUCCUACUGUCCGGCUGUCACUGAUAUAGGCGUGCGGGCGAUGCUUGGUCUGACAGAUGACACACGGCCGAUACGGAAAGUGAUUCUUUCCGAGGUUGAGAGCGGGAUAGCUCCACCCGCCUCCACCUUACACACCGCCAACCUUUGGGGCACUGAAGUCACCACAAAAGGGUGUGUCCUACUGCUUGCCACCUGUCCAGCUCUCUCUUCUCUCACCUGCCGCUGGCUGGGCGAAGCGCUGGAUUUAUCAGUGAGGGCUGGGCGAAAGGCGCCUUUAGCUUUUUCGCAGCUAGUUCUCGCCGAGUGCUCGCUACCGCCUCUUGCACCAGUCUCCGCCCUUUGCCCUCACCUCACUUCCCUGGUGGCCAGGCGUCCCCCUGACGCUCUCAGUGUAGGGGAUGUGCUAAAUGAAGUACCUGCCCUCACUUCCCUCACUCUGAUGCAGUUUCAGCCACAGCAAGAUAACUGGCUACCUUCCUCCCCGGCCCCGCAGCUCACCUACCUCCACCUGUCCCUGCUGGAGCCACAUCCUGUCCACCUAGCCCGCUUUGCCAACACCUUUCCUUCCCUCACUCACUUGUUCCUGGACGGUGUCACGCUCAUGCUCCCACUCCCCCCGCCGCCCACACCCGUCUCCAAAAUAGAAACUUUACGUCUGGUCACACCGCCCAUCAUGAACCACGACCCAGAGGUGGUGGAAUGGGCGCUUGUGUGGGCGUCUGGGGCGUCCAGCAUCGAUUUGGGCUCCUGCAAAUACCUGACAGACCAACAUCUGACACGAGCACUAUCGGCGGGCGCUCUCACUCAGGCAGAGGAUGUGCGGCUAUCGGGAGCGCGACAGAUCACCAACACGGCCAUUAUGGACCUGCUAGAGGCUUGUCCACACCUGCGCCGCCUCGCUCUUAAGAUGCUGCCCAAGGAGCGUUUGGCCGAACUGGAGAGCCUCAAGGUAAUGUUCCGCACACAGAACCUUGACCUCGAAUUGAUAACGUACGGCUGGAAAUUCUGAACACGGAAAAUCACCCACCAGCGGAGUGCCUUCUCAAUGAGACUGAGAGGAUAAAAGUGAGUAAGGUCAUGUAAAAUGGGCCGGGUGGCAUGGUACACUCCCGCUCUUCGAUUUUUUUCGAUCUAACUUUUAUUUAUGAGGUGUGUGUGUGUGUGUGUGUGUGUGUGUGUAAUUCGCCAUGGUCUGACCAUGCGACUACUGGCUAUCGCAGGCCAGCGUCGGUGCUUCAUAUAUAUAAAUGUGUGUGUGUGUAUAUAUAUAUAUAUAUAUAUAUAUAUAUAUAUAUAUAUAUAUAUAUAUAUAUAUAUAUAUAUAUAUAUAUAUAUAUAUAUAUGUGUGUGUGUGUGUAAAAACAAACACACACACACACACACACACUAGUUGCUCCUUUGAUCACACCUUAUGUGCCUUUUUUAACAUAAGACUGGAGUCUGGGGGGAAAUUCAAUUUCUACAUGUUUAUAUCUAUCUGUAUGUAUAAAAAAAAAAAAAAAAAAAAAAAUUACACCAGUAAUCAGUACCAUAUCUUAAUUCACAAAAUUUAUUCAAGUUACAAAAAAAGCAAAAUGAAAUGGAACAACCAUUUUUUUUUUUCAUUGUCAAGGGCAGGGGUGGGCUAGCUAUUCGAAGGGAGGGCCAGAUGAGACUUUCAGGAGCAGGCCGCGGGCUGUAGUGAGAAACGAGAACCCCAAAGUAAAAAAAUUGAAAAGUGAAAACAUACAGAUCAAUGAGACCACUGGUGCUGCUUGCCAUGAAGUGUUUCAGUGUCCACUUUGGUGGAUGAGGCAGACAACAGAAUAAUGUCAUUGAGGUGGAGUCCCGAGAGUUUGGAGCAAAGUCGAGACUUUGUGUCUUUCAGUUUGGAGAAGAGCAGCUCACAACAGUAGAUGCAGCAAGGCAAGGAAAAUACUCAAACUUAAUGUUAGACAACUGAGCACAUCUAAAUAUUGAAGGCAUUGAUGUAUGCAUGCAUGUCUGUCAGAUGAAUGUCUUUGUUUUGCAGCUUCACAUUGAGGGCAUUCAUAUGCGCAAUGAUGUCCGUGAGCAGGUACAGGUAAGCGAGCCAUUGCAGGUCAAAGUGAUCAGUGUGGGGAAGAUUCUUCUGAUGGAGGAAAGUGGCGAUUCUUCCAUACAGGGCCUCGAAUGAUGAUUCAAUAAAAUAGAGGCAAAUCAGUGUGGGGUUAGAUUCUUCUGAUAGAGGAAAGUGGCGAUUCUUCCAUACAGGGCCUCGAAUGAUGAUUCAAUAAAAUAGAGGCAAUUCAUGCAAUGAAUUUUUAUGGAACUAAGAAAAGAUUGACUUAAUUAAUGUCAUAUUGGUCCUGAAUCCUUCAGUACUACUCUACAUAUGUUAUAUUUGACACCAAGUCUUUUCGUUCAACUGAGUUCAAACAACUCUAAAACCUGUUAAUAUUUUGUGUGUGUGUGACACACUGAAGAAUGAGUAACAGCAUCUUUUGUAUCAUAUAUAUAGCAAGUUCAUAUACUCUCUCCAAAUGCUCGUCACUCUGGCUUCACUAUUCAUAUUAAUAGUAAAUAACAACAAUAGUAUCAUAUGUGAUGGUUUAUUGA